AUGACCAGGGUUUUAAUUGCAUUGACAAGUUACAACGAAGCAUUCUUUACUGAUGGUGCGAAGACCGGUGUCUUUGCUGUGGAAGCGCUACAUCCUUUCAAUUAUUACAAGGAACAAGGUUACGACGUCGACUUUGUUUCAGAGACUGGUAAGUACGGUUUCGAUGAGCACUCUUUGUCAGCAGACUUCUUAAGCGGCAAAGACAAGGAGCAAUUCGAAGACAAGAACUCUGCGUUCAACCAAGCUUUAGCCAAAACAAAGGUUGCUGCUGAUGUUAACCCAUCCACCUAUAAAAUCUUCUUUGCCUCUGCCGGCCACGGUACGUUAUUCGAUUAUCCAACUGCCAAGAAUUUACAAAAAAUAGCCUCUGAUAUAUAUGCUAAUAAUGGUGUUGUGGCUGCUGUUUGCCAUGGUCCGGCAAUCUUUGAUGGUUUGACUGAUAAAGAUACUGGUAAACCGUUGAUUCAAGGUAAAGUUAUUACUGGUUUUACCGAUAUUGGUGAAGAAAUCCUAGGUGUUGCCGAUAUACUAAAACAAAAGAAGUUAGAUACUGUGGAAGACAUCGCUAAGAAGUAUCAUGCAAAGUACAUGGCCCCAAUUGGUCCAUGGGAUGAUUUUUCGAUUGCUGAUGGUAGGUUAGUUACGGGUGUCAAUCCAGCAUCGGCUAGUUCCACUGCCAAGAGAACUGAUCAAGUAUUGAAUAGCCUCAACUAA